AUGGUCAGAGACUGCAGACAUGAUACAGGAGAUGGUCAGAGACUGCAGACAUGAUACAGGAGAUGGUCAGAGACUGCAGACAUGAUACAGGAGAUGGUCAGAGACUGCGGACAUGAUACAGAGAGAUGGUCAGAGACUGCGGACAUGAUACAGGAGAUGGUCAGAGACUGCGGACAUGAUACAGGAGAUGGUCAGAGACUGCGGACAUGAUACAGGAGAUGGUCAGAGACUGCGGACAUGAUACAGGAGAUGGUCAGAGACUGCGGACAUGAUACAGGAGAUGGUCAGGAGAGACUGCGGACA